CUAUCCUGCGGUUGAUCACUUAAACCAGCUGAAAGCAUAAGGUUGCAGCGAUGGCCACCAACACACUCAACUCUGAGUACUAUGAGUCCAGCAAGCUCGCCAAGUUCCCAUUUGAGCCGUACUGGCCCGAGCAGAAGCUCAAGAUUUGCGUGACAGGCGCUGGCGGGUUCAUCGCAUCCCACCUGGCAAAGCGUCUGAAGUCCGAAGGACACUACCUGGUCUGUGCAGACUGGAAGCGCAACAGCUUCAUGCCGGAGGAGGCGUUUUGCGAUGAGUUCCACCUGGUGGAUCUCCGCGUCUACGACAACUGCAAGAAGGUUGUGAAAGGCUGCGACCACGUCUUCAACCUUGCAGCUGACAUGGGAGGUAUGGGCUUCAUCCAGUCCAACCACUCCGUCAUCAUGUACAACAACACCAUGAUCAGCUUCAACAUGAUGGAGGUGGCUCGCAUUGAGGGCAUCAAGAGGUUCUUCUAUGCCUCCAGCGCCUGCAUCUACCCCGAGAACAGGCAGCUGGAGACAGAGAUCGAAGGCGGUGGCCUGAAGGAGGACACUGCCUGGCCUGCACAGCCUCAAGACGCUUACGGUCUGGAGAAGCUUGCAUCGGAGGAGCUCGCCAUGCACUACGACAAGGACUUCGGCAUCGAGUGCAGAAUCGCCCGCUUCCACAACAUCUACGGACCUUAUGGCACCUGGAAGGGAGGCCGCGAGAAGGCCCCGGCUGCUUUCUGCAGAAAGGUGCUGACCUCCCCGAAGGACAUUGAGAUGUGGGGCGACGGCCUCCAGACGCGCAGCUUCACCUUCAUCGAUGACUGCGUGGAGGGUAUCCUGCGCAUCACCAAGUCCGACUACAAGGAGCCCCUCAACCUGGGCAGCUCCGAGAUGGUGAGCAUGAACGAGAUGAUGGAGACGAUCAAGGGCUUUGAGGCGAAGGAUCUGCCGAUCCGCCACAUCCCGGGCCCCGAGGGUGUGCGCGGCCGCAACAGCGACAACGCCCUCAUCCUGGAGAAGAUCGGCUGGGAGCCCACCAUCAAGCUGGCAGACGGCCUCCGCGUCACCUACACCUGGAUCAAGUCCCAGCUCGAGGAGGAGGCGGGCACAGAUGCGUCGGUGUACGCCUCGUCCACCAUCGUGCAGACCAGCGCCCCCAAGGAGCUCGGCACCUUGAGGCAGGCCGACGGCGACGAGGGCUUUGCCAGCAAGGCAGCCGCCAAGGUGGCCAAGCUUGCCAACGGCGUUGCCAACGGCCUGAAGACCUCUGCUUAAGUCUCCAGCUGCCCUGCUUCGCAUGACUCCGGUCCUUGACAAUGACGACAUCAAAUGCAGGCUGCAUAUGCUUUGUGCAGCGACGGCCGUUCCCCGGGCGCAUUUUUGGCAAAGCGCUGUGGCACGAACGCCCCACAGCCGGGGCUGAAUGCUGUGGCAGCCAGGCCACUUUGACAAUGACAGCACUGCUACAUUCUGUAGAUUGGAUUUCCAAAAAUUGGCUGCUGGCGAUUGAUUCUGGUGUAUUCGACCUCUGGGUCAGGAGUGUCCGGAGAGCAGCUCCAUGAGCUUGCCGGGCACUUCCCCACAGAAAUUUGACCACGUGGUUUAGUCUGGUCACAGGGUGCAGAGUUGACAGAAGGUGGCGGAAUUGCUGCUGCCAUCUGAACCUGUUCGUAGCCUUCUGCGCCGUUAACUCCGAAACGAUCUUGGCUUCAUCGCUUGUUGCUUCAGUGCUGUGAAUCAAGCAGUAAUCUAUUGCAUAUUAGAAAGUUAAACAGCCGACGACAGCUGCAUCUGCUAUAUGAUUCCAGCAGACGCGGUGUCGCCGAGCCAACUGGAAACAAUCCUUGUAUGAGGUAGAGGGAUUUGGUCCAGCUGUGAAGAUAUUAGUCUUGAGAGGUUUUGUUGUCUACUGCCGUUUUUGUUGCCUCCCAAGACGGGUGGAAGUUUUUAUAGGAUUCUGGACAUGUUUAACGUGAUGUGUCAGGAUGCUCUUAUAAGCUCUAAUUAGCUUUGCAUGCAUGCAAAAAUGAGGAUUGCGACAGGGAAUGCUGCAGAGACCUUUUAAUUGAGCGUGACAUAAUUACUGCUAAUUCAGCAUGUUUGCCUUUUUGACAUGCGCUCGUAUUCAGUUCAUAAGGCGUAGCCUUGCCGCAAGGCUAGUGCAGUGCUAGGUGUAAUGGAAUUGUAUUAUUGCAUU